AACAACACUGUAGAAUAUAUGAGUAACAUGUAGCCUGCUGAAAUCUUUCUUAGUGGUUUCAUAGAGGAAGUUUAAAUAGGCUACAGAUCAAGCAGAGAGUUAGUGGUGAAAGCUGCCUUGAGAUUCAGUGGGGAUGCCUUUACUGCAGUUGUUACUAGGGGUACAGAUAUCUCUACCAGAGAAAUCAGUUGGGAAACUAUUUGGCACUAAAACAGACCCUUUAAAGAAGGGGGAUUUGUUCUGAGAAGCACUUGAGGAGCGAAGCGUUACUUGACAACCUGCUCACUAAAAGUGGUAAUCAGCACAAUCAUGAAAGAGGAAGAUCCGACUGGAGAAGAGGAAGAGAUGCAUUCCUUUAAUUGUGAGCAAACUGGGAGGACAAGAGGUGGCUGCAUACAAUGCCAGCAUAUCCAGUCUCUCCAGCUGGCUGUUAAGGUGUUAUAUGGCUUCUUUGCUUUUCUUAUUAUUGCUGUUGCAGUUCUUGCAUCUUUAGUAUUCAGGAAAGUCGACUCUUUAUCAGAAGACCUCAACACAACCGAAUCUCUUUAUGACAAAAAAAUCACUACAGUUCAGGAAAGCAUUAAAGGACUGGAUCACAAAUCUUCCAGUAACUGCACAGACUGUCAUGACGUCACCCAGUUUGGACAGGAGAUUAAAAAGCUACAAGGAGAGUUCGAAGAGAUUCAAAAAAUGAUUUUGGUUCAAGAACAGUCCCUGGACCAAGCAGCCAAGACUCAGCAAAGUCUCACUUAUUCAAACAACAAAUUUGCUCGUGACAUCCAAAAUUAUUCAUUAUCUAUUAAGCUGAUCAACCAAUCUUUGGAAAGAUACUUGGAGCAAGUUCAUGGUUGGCAGAUCGUUAUAACUGAAACUGAUGAAUCAAUGAAGUCAUUGGUCCAGGACCAAUAUGAUUUACGAGCCGCAGUUCAACAAAUCAAUUCUACAGUUGGGCUGAGCUCUUCAUGGAUCAAUGGCAUUCAGAGGAAGACAGAUGAAGAAACGUUGGUUUUACAAAAAAUCGUGACAGAAUGGCAGAAUUACAGCAAAAUACUGGGCGCUAUAAGGUACUCCUCUGGCAAGACAAAUGAUAUGGUAAGAAGUAUUCAGAAUGGCAUUUCAACCACACUGCAAAGCAUCAGUCUCAACUCUGACACCAUGCAUGACCUUGUUUUGCAAGUGAUGAACUUGCAGAUGCAGCUUGAUAACAUCUCUUCCUUUUUGGACGAGCACGAGGAAAACAUGCAAGACUUCCAUUACCAUUCCAAAUACUAUGUAAACAGAACUAGCGAGAGGUUUGAAACACUUGAGGGCAGAAUGACCUCCCAUGAAAUGGAAAUAAGCACCAUAUUCGCCAAUAUCAAUGCCACGGAUAACCAUGUGCACAGAAUGCUGAAGUACAUUGAUGAUGUGAGAGUGUCCUGUGCUGCUGGGCUGAGCACCCAUGGACAGGAACUACAGUAUCUAAAUAAUACAAUCCAUCUGAUGAUCUACACAGCAGAUUUGUUGAGACAAAGGUACAGCCUGUUGAACGUAAGACUAGAUUUUGAGAUAAAGAAUCUAUCAAUGGUUAUGGAAGAAAUGAAACUGGUGGACAUAAAGCAUGGACAGAUAAUCAAGAACUUCACCAUUUUAAAAGGUUUGCCAGGGCCACCAGGUCCAAAAGGAAAUAAAGGAGAAGCUGGACCCAAGGGGCCUGUUGGAUUUACAGGACGUAAAGGGGAUGUGGGGCCUUCAGGACCCCGUGGGCCACAGGGCCAAAGAGGCUACCUUGGUCCACCAGGUCCCCCAGGAGAAGCUGGUCCUCCAGGGAUUAAAGGCAGUCCAGGCAUCAAAGGAGUAAAAGGAUCUUUAGGACAACCAGGUGCAACAGGAGAAAGCGGACAAAAGGGUGACAUGGGACCACCAGGUCAUGAUGGACUGCCUGGUUCAAGAGGACCACCAGGGAUACAGGGACAGACAGGACUGCCAGGAAUUCAUGGACUUCCAGGUCCCAAAGGACAGCAAGGUCCCCCUGGACCACCCGGGCCUCCCGGGCCCCCAGGAACCCCUGCUCAAUGAACAAUAAAACAUGGAAUUAAAACUUACAACAAUGGAGGACACCUUCCAUUAUGUUAAUAUGAGAAGGGAAACAAGAAAUACUGAAAGCCAUCUGUCAAAUAAAACUAUAAUAUAACUACUAACCAUGGAACACUGAAUUUUAGAAUUACAAAGUGGGAGAAAGAAACUAAGGAAUAACCCAUUAUGACAUAUUGUUUUGAUAAAGAAAAAGGUAAUAAUAGCUUGUUUAUCUUAAACCUGUAUUGACUAAAUCAGGUCAUGUUACUUAUAUACAGUAUCGUUACACAAAAAAUUAAAAAAAAAAAAAUCCCCCAAAUAAAUCAGUACUAGUAUUGGAUUUUAGGUCUAGAACUGUACAUUUUACUGUAACAUUUGUUUUAAAAAGCUGUCAUGCCUCAUGUCUUUUAUCCGUAGAAAAAUGACACUGUUUUUUCAUAAGAAUGGCAAGACUAACAAUAUUUUAGCUUAAAUAUUUGUAAGUCUCGCGCAAACUGCUAGUAAUAUCAAAAGAUACACCACAACAUGUUUAACAUACCGUAGUAAGCACAUCAUAGGAACGUUCGACAUAAAAAGUUAAUCUACAAAAAGUUUGAUCUCAUCAUAACUUUAAUUUCUGCAAUUUCUGCCUACUUUUAAGAUGGUAAUGUAAGAGUUUUAUGUCUAACUUUGAAAGACCACUUAAACACUUUAUAGUUGUUUGCUUCUCAUUUUGUACCAAAAACAUUGAAAGUAGAAGGUAAUUAGAGACAGUAAAAUGCCCCAUGAAGUCAAGAGAGAAUGCAUUGACUAUCACAUGAUUAAAAUACUUAGUGGACAUACUGUAUGAGAUCUGUGAACCACAAUAGAUUUUGGAAAAAAAAGUAUCCUUCAUAUAGAGAUACCAAUACAUUACUCUGAGCUCCCCAGUAAAGUAAAACAAAUGCAAAAUCUAAUCAUCUAGUUUCUAGGUGGUUACGUACGCUUGUUUAACAUUGCUAACAUCCUUUUACGAAUGUAAAAGUCCAGCAUUAAGGGAUUGCUGAUUAACUAUUAUUCUCAUCUUCUAACAGCAUACAAAGUAUACAGUGAGUGAGCUAAAUACUCAGAGCAGGUACUCUGAAUAAAUGUAGUUAUCGAGGAAGUUACCUUUAUAUUGCUUGACCAAAGAUGCCAUUUUAUAAUCAAGUAACAAACACAUUUCAACCACCUUUAAAAUUAAUUGAAUUACAUAAACAAAAAGGUAGAGAAUUAUUUCAAGAGUCUAUGUAAAAAUCUCAGGUACCAUACUUGGAACGCCUCUUGAAUCCGAGUAUGAAGGGCAGUGAUUAGGGUCGUGUCAGAAAGUGGGCGUGCUUGGGUGCACAGGCUCUUUUUAGAAAUAAUGUUUUUGAGAUAGUAAAACAUCUCUGCAUCAUGCUUGACUGCUCCAGCAACACAAUUCCCCUAUCUUUAGUAUAAGUAUAAAGCUUUUACAUUUCAACAUUUAAUAUUAAGCUCUGGGUAUAUUCUGAAAAUGCUAAGAGGAAAAGGGAGAACAUUCACAAAUCCAGUGAAAGGCUGGGCUGAGCUACCUAAAUCAGACCAGUACUUUCACAGACUUGGUCCACUAGUCACAGCCCUGUACAAUAAGUCAUCCUUUGUUCUGGAUAAUGCUCAUCAAUAUUCAAUUGACUAUGUUAAUCUUUUACCUUGAAGGUAGCUCUCACUAUACAAGUGAAUUGCUUGUUAAACCUACCCAUUAGGUAAUGUAAUGCUUUUUGCACUUAUUGCGUUCUUUCUUCCUGAGACACAUUUUGUUUUGUAAGAUUUUUAUUCUUCCAUUUUUUACAACUAUUGUGCAAAGUAUCAUAGGUAAAUUGAACUUUUUUUUUUUUAUUAAACUAAAAAAAAAACAUACUACUGCAGAAUAUUGUAAGAAUAUACUGUAUGCUGUCCCUGUAUCUAUGCAACUGGCUUGCAUAACUUAGUAAUAAAGGCAUUUAAACCUAAAAAUGUUUAUUUUUCUGAUUGUGGUAUUGUAUUAUUUUCACUGGCUUUAUUGCAGUGUAUUCCAAAUGCAUGAACAAUAUAACAAAAAAUCAUGACCCAUUAGAGAUAUCUUGAAUGUGUCAAUUACAAGCUCUACAUAGAGCUUUUACAUUGAAGCCCAUUUUGCAUUGCCACUGUGAAAUGCAACACACAGGCCAUAUUGUGAUUUAUAACAGUCACCAUUGUUUUCCGUUGCCAAAACCUAACGUGGUGAUUGGCUUUUAUUGUUCUAAACUA